CCAUCAAAAUCCGCCAAUAAUGUCACGAAUUUCAUGGGAACAGCUUUCCUUUUAGCACUUCUUGGUGGUUUUCUUUCUGAUGCUUUUUUCACUACUUAUCGCAUCUACUUGAUAAGUGCUGCCAUCGAAUUUCUGAAUAGCAAGUUCUAAGAGGAAGAAAAAGAAGUAAAGUAAAGGUAUUGGGCAUGUCCACUGAACCAUGAACAGAGAGAAUGAAACCCCUUUUACAAGUAUAAUAAGUCGCAAAGAAUCUCACGUAACAGGACUUACUUUAAAACUAUAUUUUUGGAGGACUACGUUUCACUUGGUAGCCAGCCAACAAUAUUUUUGCAUGCGACAUUUCCUGUCCAAUAGUCCCUUUCUAUGGUUAUAUCAGUCCAAGAGCUAAGGUGGGGAUCAACACGUGGUCAGGGGACCCUACAUAUUGGCUUAUUUUAGCUAACUGUUGGAAUUUGUUGCAGUGUUUCUAUCUCAUAAGAUGUUGCUCUUUUUAGGCCAUGAAAAUGUAUUAUUCAUUAUCAUCAUGGAUGUUGAAUGGUCAAAUGUGAAAGGAACAUUAAAUGGGUUGGGCUACCUGAAACACUUUAGUCUACAUCUUCGUUUGAGAUGGGCUCCUCUGGAAUUUUGAGGCUACAAGCCUCUGUUUGAAAUUUGAGUUUUCAGGUCAAGUUAGGUUUAAUGCCCUAAAAGGAUAUCCUUGCAAUUUACAAAGGCCAGAUCUGACUACUUACUACUUAUCAUGCCUAUUCCCCUGAUUUUCACCUCAUAUCAGCAAAGUAUGAUUUGCAACUAAUAUAGCAAAGCUUAAAUUUUGAAUGCAACAGGGCUUGGUGAUACUCACAGUGCAAGCCAGGUCACCUUCACUAAAGCCACCAGAAUGUGAUUCCGGCAACCCCAACAUUUCAUGCCAAGAAGUAGAUGGUUCAAAAGCUGCAAUGCUGUUUAUAGGCCUGUAUCUAGUGGCACUUGGUGUUGGAGGGAUAAAAGGCUCGCUACCGGCACAUGGGGCAGAGCAGUUUGAUGAAAGCUCACCACAAGGAAGGAAGCAAAGAUCAACCUUCUUCAAUUACUUUGUCUUCUGCCUAUCUUGUGGAGGCCUAAUUGCAGUCACUUUUGUUGUUUGGAUUGAAGACAACAAAGGGUGGGAAUGGGGCUUUGGCAUCUCUACUAUUGCAAUUUUUUUGUCCAUCCCUAUCUUCCUUUUUGGCACACCUACUUACAGGAAUAAAAUACCUUCUGGAAGUUCUCUUACUACCAUUCUCAAGGUUUUAGUUGCCGCUGCAAUUAACACUUGUACAAGCAGAAGUCCAAGCAAUGCGGUAGCAAACUUAAUAACAAAUCCUUCCAUUGUAAACGCAACUAGCGAAGGAACAAAAGAAAAAUCCAAGGAAAUGGCAUCCACCGAAACUGCAACGAAAGCCUUUAGCUGCCUCAACAGAGCAGUGGUGAAAAUCCCAGUUCACUCUGCAUUGGAAUGCACAGUAAAACAAGUGGAAGAAGUGAAGAUAGUGUUAAAAAUCCUCCCAAUAUUUGCUUGCACCAUAAUGCUGAAUUGCUGCCUAGCUCAGCUCUCAACAUUCUCAGUACAACAAGCUGCCACAAUGAACACCAAGCUAGGUUCUCUGAAAGUACCCCCAGCUUCACUUCCUAUUUUUCCUGUAGUCUUCAUCAUGAUCCUAGCACCAAUUUAUGAUCAUUUCAUAAUUCCAUUCGCUAGAAAAGUGACUAAAUCAGAAAUGGGCAUCACUCAUCUGCAGAGGAUAGGCGUUGGUUUAGUUCUUUCUAUAGUAGCAAUGGCAACUGCUGCUCUAGUUGAAAUCAAGCGAAAAAGAGUCGCUACGAGUUCAGGACUACUGGACUCAGAAGAACCAUUGCCCAUCACAUUCCUUUGGAUAGCAUUUCAGUACUUAUUCUUGGGAUCAGCAGAUCUUUUCACAUUGGCAGGACUAUUGGAAUUUUUCUUCACAGAGGCGCCAAGUAGCAUGAGAUCAUUAGCUACUUCUCUUUCUUGGGCGUCCUUAGCAAUGGGGUACUAUUUAAGCUCAGUGGUUGUAUCGAUCGUUAACACUAUUACAGGCAACUACAAGCACCAUCCAUGGCUCUCUGGCAGCAACAUAAAUCACUAUCAACUGGAAAGAUUCUACUGGCUGAUGUGUGUUCUAAGUGCAGUAAAUUUCUUGCAUUACCUUUUCUGGACAAACUGGUAUAAAUAUAGAUCAACAAGAGCUACUAACUAGCAAAUCAAACUUAUGGAUAAUAUUAUAUAUACACACACAUAGAUAUAGAUGGCAUGGAAUGGAAUGGCCUGUGUACACCACUUGACUUGAUUGGGUUAAGCAACUGAGCAAGACAAAGCACCUUCCCCCCCUGGCUGUGUAUAUAAAAUACAUGAGACCAGUUGGUGGACUUUACUGCCAGCCAUUGUAUAGGAGAUAUCAGAUGCUUAAAACAAGUGCUAGUCAAAGGAAUGAAUUAGAGAAGUUAAUGUUUUAGUGAUCAAUAUUUCUGUUGUACUAGAGAGAAAGCAGCUACUUUGAUUUUGUUCAAAAAGAAAAUUUUGAGAAU